AUGGCGUCAGGAUUCCCGAGCAGACACCAAAAGAAGCUUGGACCAGCACCGAUUGCAUCGUUCGAGGAUCUAUCCGACGAAGUGGAAAACGGAGAACCAACGGUACGAAUGCCAGGCAUCGUGGAGGUGACAUCUCCUGUAACUCCAGGGAGCUCACUGAAAACCCCGAGCACUCCGAGGAUCGACAUCAGUCGGGCAAGCAGUUCUUCUCACCAUGAGGACAGUAACAAUUCCAGGGAAUCAUCGCCUGAAAUUGAGUUACUUGCAGGAGCUGAACAACCACCUGGACCCAAGCUUUCUUUAGGUUACAAAGAGGACGUUCAAGAUUUGAGAUCAUCAACGGAGGAACUUGAUCUUCAAGAUCCUAUUCAUGCUCAGGAUCUUAAAAGAGCCUCUAAAAAAGCUCGAAAAAAGAAAGAAGAUGGAACACAAUCUGAAUGUGGUGCGAGUUUGAGAGAACGAGAGCGUAAAGAUAGCAAUUGUUCAGAAAUAAUUUUGUUAAAUAUCAGUGGAAGGACGUCCAGAUUGUCUUCCGUUGGAAGUCAAGGUUCUGGUGUUUCAGGGAGGCUUUCAGUUGUUUCUGCCACGUCUUCUAGAUCACCGAGUCCACACAAGUGUCAGCUGGAGACAUCCUUUUGUGGUAGCAAAAUAACGCUCGCAGAAACUCCGAUCGAAACUUCAAAGCCGGAAACAGACGACUUGGAAAAAAUAUUGUUAAAACGUGAAGCUGAUACGACGAAGGCUCUGAUUCCAGAGAGUAUAAAAGUGCCAAUCGUUGAUGGGAAUCUAAAGCCCGAUCCAUUGGAUAAACCGAGAAGACGUGGACGUGAAGAGAGAAAGGAAAUAUUCAAACGAGAAGUGGAAAUUACCAAAAAAGUAUUGGAAAAAAUCAACAUUGAGAUGUUGUUCAAACACCUCCAUCUAUUGCAAGUCUCUCAGGUAGUCCGAAGUUGCCCCGGCAUCAAAAAGUUCGUGAAUUGGAAGGUUCGAGGACACCAAGUCCUUCUUCAGUUUCGAGGAAAAGUAGUUUUGCUGCUCUUUUCAAGGACGUAUUUACAGGCUAGAGCAGAUGGAAGCUCAGCAAGUCCUGAAUCAUCUGGAUCAACUUCGAAACCUAGACGGAGCUUAACUUCUAAAAUAAAAGAUACAACAGAGAGCCUGAGAAGUAGAUCUAAAUCAAGAGAACGUGUGUCAGUGGAUAAAGGCAGUACGAAGAAUAAAAAUGUUUUUACGUCGACAUUAAGUUUAUUUAAAAAGCGAGAAAGAAAAAAGAGUACAGAUGAUAUGGUUAGUACUCCAGAACAUGAAAUAAUGUUUGCUGAUGGCCAUCCUUCAUUAGAAAGUAUUGGAAAUGUUGAAUUUCGUUUUGAUGCUGGCAGACCGAGUAGAAAUGAAGAUUCAAUUUUUAUAAGUCUUCAUGCAGACUCAAGAAAUUAUGAAGAGGCUUUGCCAUCAGAAAGUGUGUCUAUACCAUUAGAAACUCCUACAAAAUUAUUAGAUGAAUAUGAUAGCGAGCCAAGAACUGGUAACAUUGUCACUGAAGCUUCAAUUGAGCAUAGAGCAUCGGUGACAAGAAUAAAAACAGAGGCGAAAAUUGAAUCAACGUCAAGAGAUGAAGCUCAAAGUCCUUUACGGCAAAGUGCAUCGAAAGAGUCCCAAAUCUCCAAAACAUCAUCAGCUGAUUCACGAAUUAGUGUUCAGACUGCCAAACACAUUGAUCUUUCGACGAGACCUACAUCAAGAGAAUUUGGCAAAGUAGAAGACAAGCUGUCAGCAAGUUCUUCAAGAGAUUCAGUGGAGAGUAAAAAACAAUCAGAUGCAAUGGUAAAACCUAAACGAAAAAGUAAAGAAAAUUUAUCACCAAAGGUUCAAGAAAAUGUAAAAGACACUGGGGAAAUUAAAAAAAAAAGUGUGACCGAUGAAAGAGAAGUUUCUUCUUCUAGAGUUGAGAAAGAACCCGAAAAAUUUGAAGAACCACUAAGAAUAUCAGAAAAUUUAUCGAUUAAAGCUCAAGAUGGUUUAAUAAAAACUCCUAGUGUCGUUUCUGACUUGGAUCAUAACAGUUCUGAGUCAGAAAGAGAUUCUGAGAUAGAUUUUGUAAGAAAUAAAGUCAUAAAAGUCACUGAUGAAUUAUCUGAUGAAAGAAAAGGCUUAUUUAAUGAGGAAAGUUUUGAAGAAGAUUUCCCUUACGUACCAACAACAUUACCAAUGGAGAAAAGCGUCGCUGUACCAAUUCGUUCUUUAAAACAGAGGCUGGAAGAAGUCAGAACGAUUCCUAUCGAGAGACCAAGAUCUACAACACCCAUAAAUCCUACUCUUUUAGAUGAAUUCGUAAUGCAAACAACUCACGAAGAAAAACCAACUGAUAAAAUGAAAAUUUCGUUACCAAGAGAAGACAGUUUUAAAAUGAAAAGCCCAAGAAAGCAUUCAACUAAUACGUUUACUGAAUUUGCUGAGCGUGUUGUACCAGAUGCUAUCAAAAAAACUGUUGCUAAAUCCCCUAGUCCUCCUCCACCACUUCCUCCAAGAGCUCCAGCUCGACCGACUAAUUGGAUAAAUUUCGAAGAAAUUCCUGAACGUCGAAAAGCGCCGAAAAGAAUUCAAACUAUACCUAGAGCUGAGGAUGAAGUAAAGGGUGGUUUUACGUAUGUUCAACCUGAAGACUGUAGGUGUGAGUGUCAUGAAGAGUCUCGAAGAGCAACCAAUAGAGAAUCUUCAACUGGUUCCUCUUCAAAUGCCUCAGCUAAUGUGUCUUCAUCAACACCGACAACCUCUUCCGUCACAAGAGCUUCAUCAACAUGCAGCAGUAGUAAUGGGGAACGUGCUUGUAACGGAGAUAAUUGCACUGCUCCAACAAGUUCCGGUGAUCGUGCGAGUAUCGUCAGUGACAGCUCCUUGGAGUGUAGUUUAAGCAUUGAAGAUCAAGGGGCUACGCAAGCUCUACUUGGACCUAUGAAGCCCUUUUCUAUGGACUUGGAUGUUGGAUCCAACAGAUCGAGUAUCAUAUCCCAGGAUGAAAAUGAUGAUAUCCAUGCACCGUAAAGUGACGUUAAUUGAAUUUUCAAGGACAGCUGCUUUACUGCGUGACAACUUGGGAAUUGAUUUCAUGAUAGUAGACAUGGUUUUAACUGUUUAAAGUGUGAUUUAGAUAUAGGACUAUUUUAUUUUCGAGUCGGUGCACAUCAAGAGUAACGAGUUUGACCCAGAUGAAAAACUUAUGCCUCACAAUUAUCAACAAAAAUGUGGAUAGAGUCCAGCUUAUUAAAUUAGGUCAACGGAUGUUGUAAGAAAAACUUUGAUAAUAAAUAGGACAAAUGAAUAUUAAACUUUAAAAAUGAUUGAUGAGCAAGCUUUCAAAGCAAAACGAAUAGAGUUGUUUAUCUUGGAUUUUAUGUUUAAGUAAUUCAAAUUUCUGGUCAUUAAAUAAUCAAUUAUGACCUUUUACUUCAUAUGUUGGUUUUUAUUUCUGUAUAAAAGCAAAAAUAGAAAUUAAUAAGCUGAACAGUGAAGUUGAUGAAAAAUGAUGAAAAAAGAUCUAGUGCUAUAACUAGACUUCAAUGACUUCAAUAUGAAAAAUUAAAUUACAUUGCUAUUAUUAUGAUUACGAUUAUAAUUAUGAUUAUGGUUAUUAUGGUUAUUAAUAUGAUGAUGAUUAUUAUUAUUAUUAUGAUUAUUAUAUAAGAGAAGAAGAAUGUUUAAAUUAAGAAUAUUAUGAGACCACAUGCUACAUUAUAAGAUAGUUAAUUACGCAUUUCGCGUUAAAGCCUUUAGAAAGUCCAACGGAACUCCUUAAUAUUAAAUUCUUGGUAUUGCGUUAUUUAAUUUGGCGCAGUAGUAAGAAUAAAACAAAUAAAGUAUAUUAUCGAGUGAAUGAUAAAGAAAUAAUCAAAGAAUUAACGGAGAUUGAAUUCACCUAACUCCUCAUGGUAAUUACUACUAGUAGAGACAUAUUCAAGUCUUCAAAUUAAACCUCAUUCUCUCUGCUCAACGAAAGUCUUUUAUUUUAAAAUUUCGAUGAAUAAUAAGAAAUAUAUAAAUUAUAGUCCAUCCCACAUUACCUCUUAGAAAUAUUUUCUACACGAAAAAUUGUGUUCAAUUGAAUGAAAAUUAAAAAUUAAUGACUGUAUAAUUGUGGAAUGAAGUGUUAAUUUUGGAUUUCAUCGUGUGAAUAAGCUUUGUGAUGACACAUAUUAGCAUUACGUAUGCUUCACUCAUGUCAAAUAAUCAUUAACUGUAUAAUUCAACAUGGUUAUUCUUCGUGGUGUUAAUGAAAAUGUUAAAAAUACACCACAAUUGUUGAGACUGCGAAGAAUCGAUUUUCUCGUUUCCUUCUACCAUUACACAUAUUCUGUAAAUGAUACUCCGUUAAGUGAUAUAGAUCCUGUUGGACGUUCGAACUGUACCUGUCGUUCUUUAACGACCUGUUCUUUGUCUAAUUAUUAACUACUUUGAGAGAAAAUAUAUUGUUUCUAUUAAAAACAAGAAAUUCAUUAGUAACAUGAUACAAUAUUUUAUUACAAUUGAAUAGCAAAGAUAUUUAUUACAUUUUAAUUAAAAUCAUUUUUCUUUAUCUUUAAACAAAUUUUAUACUAAUAUUUUU